GUCGAAAUAGAAGAGGGAAAAAAAGAAGUCGCCCUAAGCUUCUGGCUGUCGUCGGCCGCCUCGUCGGACUUUGAUUGGGUGACAAAGUUAAGAACAUGGAAGGCGAUGCUGGUGGGGCGAUGCCAUUGUCAACAGAGAAUGCGAAAGAAGAGCAGAAGGGUACCUCCUAUACUUAUUGGGUGAGGCAAGCGACGGAGGAAGCGGCGCCUCCCCCCGUUCCGAGGAAGCUUUCAUCUCAGGAUAUUCUCUCCUCCCAAUCUCAGCCUGCCGCCCUCGGAUCUCUCUGGAAUCGGGCUGGAACUUGGGAGGAGAAGAAUGUCAAUAAGUGGGCGACGGAUAGAAUAAAGGAGUUGCUUGUAUCAGUAGGUUCACUGGAGUUCCCUGGUGGCAAAGCAGAAAUAUCAGAUGUCUCGAAAUGCAUAGGGGAUGCAUUCUUGGUGACUGUGCGAAACAAGAAACGCGUUGGCUACACCUAUGAACUAACCUUAAAUGUCAAAGGGGAGUGGAUUACUGGAGAGGAGAAAAAGAUGGUCAAGGGACAGAUAGACAUCCCAGAGUUUUCAUUCGGCGAGCUAGAUGACUUGCAGAUGGAAGUGAAGUUGGGUGAAGUAAAGGAUCUUCUGUAUCAGGAUAAGUUGCAAAUUAGCCAAAAUUUGAGGCUAUUUUUGCAGCCUGUUCGUGAGAAAUUACUUCAGUUUGAACAGGAACUAAAAGAUAGAUAGAACUGGGGCAGAUCCAGUUUGAUAAAAAAUAGUUGUCAAGGCUUUAUUACAUUUGGCAGACUGUAAUUCUAUUUCUGUGUUCAUUUGAUAACGACUUUUUCCAAUGCAUGUAAUGGAAGGUGGGGAUAGAGGCAAAUCUUUCCCAUAAUAUUUAAAACUAAUUUGAGACAAAAGUGGACAGUGAUA